CCCGCAGCCCGCGGUGCACAGCGGACAGAGAAGGCGGAUGAGGCGGGUCUCUCUCACCCUGCCUCCUAUCGGCGGGUGCAGGAUGGAACAUGAGGCUUCCCAGCUAGAAAAGCAGCAUGUACAUAAUGUCUAUGAAAGCACAGCCACUUAUUUCAAUGAUCUGCAGGGCAAAGCAUGGCCUCAUGUUCGUCAGUUUCUACUAGACCAAAAGCCAGGCAGCCUCAUUGCUGAUAUAGGUUGUGGGACUGGAAAAUAUCUUGGUGUCAAUAACCAGGUGUAUAAUCUUGGAUGCGAUUACUGCAGUUCUUUGGUUGAGAUUGCAAGAAAUAAAGGUUGCGAAGUGAUGAUCUGCGAUAACCUUAAUCUUCCUUUCCGGGGUCAGUGCUUCAAUGCAAUCAUUUCUGUGGGAGUGAUUCACCAUUUCUCCACGAAACAAAGACGAAUCAAAGCAAUAAAAGAAAUGGCCAGGGUACUGGUACCUGGAGGCCAGAUGAUGAUUUAUGUCUGGGCUAUGGAACAGAAGAAUCGGCAUUUUGAGAAACAAGAUGUGUUUGUUCCAUGGAACAGAGCCCUGUGCUCCCAGCUGCUUUCUGAAUCCAACAAGGCUGCUUCUAAGAGCAAUCUUGCAGCAUGUACUGUAGCAUCUCAGGCUGUGCACCCGCAUCAUCUAAUGGGUUCCAAAUACAGCUACCCUAUUACCUUUGAUCGGAGACAUCCCCAAAGGACUGACAGUUGCUUAGCUGAAGCCUGCUGUGUGAAAAUUUCUGAAGAGGAAGAAAACCGAUUUUACAAUGCUCUUGGGAGAUCAUUCCGUUCCUGGUUUUCCUCCAGAUCGCUAGAUGAGUCUGCCUUGACGAAACAAACUGAGAAGAUGGAGCCUUUGAAGAACACAGCUGGAUGGACAAACAACACCGUAUCUGUUCAGCCAUCAAGGCACUGCAGUUUAGAUUUAGGUUGCCAUGGACCAUUGCUAAAAGAGCAACAAGUAAAUGACUAUGAUGAAGUGUUUAUGAAGCAUAUGGAGUGCAAAAAAAUGGAAUGGCUGACGGCCUCAAGGUCACUGAAAGAUUUCAAUGGGGAGCCACCUGCAUUAGUCCAAAGCAGCAAUGGAGAAACCUCAUUUCUGCAUAGUUCUGUAGAAAAUCUGAACAAUGGCUACAUCCCUCAAGGCAAUAGUCAUUCUUUUGCAGGCAAACACUUUAAAAAGACUUCACCUGCUAGCUCCAGCGAGUCUGUUGUAGAUUCUGUCCUGGGUAUGAGAGACCAAGCUGUUCACGGCCAGGAUACAAAAGCCUUCAUGCGCUAUUACCAUGUUUUUCGGGAAGGGGAGCUGUGCUCUCUGUUUGAAGAUAACGUGCCUGAGGUCCACAUAAUAAGUUCAAGCUAUGAUCAUGGCAAUUGGUGCAUUAUUGUGAAGAAAACAGAUGAACAACAGCAUGUACAGCUCUGAAAAUCAAGGACUUCAGACACUGCUUCCUAUGGAAUGUUAGAGAGCUUUACCGGUCUUGUCAUCCAUUCUGUGUGCAUUGGUACAAAUUUGUGCAUAAAGAUGUUAUUGUGAAAAAGUGUACUUAACCUUUUGCAGAAAUGCAGACUUUCUACAAACACAUGAUUUUGUAGUGCUUUUAGGAAUUUUGUUUUGUGU